CCUCGGUAUUUUAUCAGUAUUGCCAAAAGGUCAUACGAUUGUCGUCGUACAAAAACAAAGAAGAUAAAAGUCUAAAAACACAACAAAAUUAGCCAUUGGGGAAAUUUCUCGUGUCCAAUUUUGUACGCAAUAUGGCCCAUAACUAUCUACAGCCGGUGAACGACCAUUUCGAUGACGUGGACAGGUUCGAGGACGUGGACGAUGACCUGUUCCUGCAGAACAAGCGAACUGGCAGUGUACCCAAGCAAAGGAGCACCAAUCCCUUCGAGGUGGAGGACGAUGACGAUGAGGAGAUAACUUCUUCCCCCUCAGUAGCCGCACAGCGCCUAGCCUAUGCGGAAAAGCGACGAGCGAUCGAGCAGCGAACCCUGGACUCAACCACCAAGAGCUUAGGACUGCUGUACGAGACCCAGGAGGUGGGCAAGGCCACGGCUGUGGAGCUGGCCAAGCAGCGGGAGCAGCUGGAGAAGACGUCACACCAGCUGGACGAGAUAAGCUCAACUCUGCGCUUUAGUCAGCGUCACCUCAACGGCCUGAAGAGCGUCUUUGGUGGACUGAAGAACUACCUCUCCGGGAAUCGGGAUCCAACAUCCACUGCAGCUGGCUCUCCCACGACCAGCCUAUCCUCCCAGGAGGCUAAUAGCAAUAUCGAUCUAGGCGCCUGUGGUGGCGCAAGCCCACCUGCUCCGCUUUCUCCAGCGGAUCGCUAUGACAAUCACCCGGUUAGUCGGCUGCGUGGCGAUCCCAGCAGCACCUAUCAAAGUCAACAGUGCCAGACGGCCAAUCCGUUCCAGGCACAGAUUGAUGCCAAUCUGGAAGACAUGUGCAGCAAUCUCUCGGUACUAAAGAUGUUGGCCACCGACCUGGGCGGCGAGAUCGAGUCGCAGAACGAGCUGCUUGACAAUAUGAACUAUAAAAUCGAGGAUGUCGACAUGAAGAUGAACAAGCAGAACAAGGAUAUGAGCAAGUUGCUCAAGAAGUAGAGGAGCACUCAUGGAACACCAUCGUAUUACAUAUGUAUGUUGUUUAAUUUCUUCACUUGAAUCAUAGUCAUACCAUAUCGCAUAUAGAGAUCUACACAAGGCCAUUAUAAAUGCAUUCCUCAUUCUGUUUCUUAGUUUUUUAUUGUUACACACACCAAGAAAGGAUUAUCUAGUUGGAGCUUUCGUUGGACAGCGAUAAGUGUUCAUUUUUAAAUAAUAAUUCAUAAAAAUUAAACAAAGA